AUGGAAGAUAAAGGAAACAUCAUUUUCGACUACUUUGAAGAAGAAGAAGACUACGACGACACACUUUCUUUCCGCAACCUCCCAACAAACGGCCAACACGACGGCGGUGGCGGUGACUCUCUCCAACAGAGCCCACGAACCUCCUCAGCCCAAGAACUAUUCGAGUUCUUCACAGGUUUAACCUCUGAAACUUUCACCUACCCCACCCAGAACCUCAUUUUCUGCGGAAAAAUCAUCGGUCAUGAGAACGAUAAUCAACUCAAGAACGAGUAUCAAAAGCGAGACUAUUUAAGCUUAAACAGGUCGGCUUCGUUCGUCAAACCUCGGAAUUAUCAGCUUUUGACAGAUGAAACAGACCGUUUUCAGGCGAAGAACCUGUCAAAGUCCUUCCGGCUUUCGAGUUCGGACGGGUACCUCUCUAAGUCGUCGUGUUCUUCUUCUUCUUCUUCAGUACAGAAGGUGAACAUAACCUCUCUCACAUCGAUGUCGGCGAAGUCAAGGCGUCGGAUGUUCAUGUUUGGGCCGGUGAAGUUCAAGCCGGAGAUGGAGCUAACGGCUAUCAAAGAGAGGCAAGGCCGCCGUGUUCCGGCGCCGAUGUUUCCGGCCUCCUCCGGCGUAGAGGUGGUUACAAGUAAUGGUUGUGGGACUACUAGAACUAGAGGGAAGAGUCAAUUGGGGAAUGUGGCCAGGUCGUUGAGAAAUAGAUCCUAUAUUGCUGCCGUGUUGCCUAGGUCAUUUGGUUGCGGUUGCAUUUCAAUGUCAGUAGUAUAG